AAUAGAAUUUAACCCAAGUUGGUAGCCCCCAAAAUCAGCUGUUUUAUUUCGGAAUGUAAAAAAUUGUCUGUUUUUACCAACAAAUUACAGAUCAAUGGACGAUCAAAUAGUUAUGUGAGUGGCUAUGUAGCAAUCACAACGAGCUCUUCUGUGAUUCAAGUGUGAUUAUUGGCUAGCCUCGAUACAUUGACGGGCAACGUGAUACUACUGCAGCCAAACGAGGUUUUUGUUCCGGGAGACCGCAACUUGAUUCGCAACCACAGAAAGUACGGGAAGAUUACGGAUCAUGUUCAGCCAACUACUUCCUGUCUACGUUGGGGGCAAGAUUGUACGUGGAUUCGGACGUGGGUCCAAAGAGCUAGGCAUUCCAACAGCUAACUUUCCGCUCGAGGUGGUGAAAGCCCUGCCCGAAUCCCUGCCAACUGGAGCGUACUACGGCUGGGCAAACGUAAACAAUGGCGAAGUUCACAAAAUGGUACUUAGCAUAGGCUGGAAUCCGUUCUACAAUAACAAGGAGAAGAGCGUGGAGACACACAUGUUGCAUGACUUUAACUGCGACCUUUACGGCAACACUCUCAAGAUAUGCAUUGUGGGCUAUCUGCGACCGGAGCGUAGCUUUGAAUCGCUUCAGGAACUGAUAGACGCCAUCCAGGGGGAUAUCACGAAGGCCAAAGUGCUGCUUGAUGAGCCGGAGAAUGCAAAACUAAAAGAGGCUUGUUUUUUUACGGAGAAAACCUGCUGUCGGGAAUAACUUUUAAGAAAUAUACCGAGAUGUAUAUAUAUAUAUAAAUGUAUAUACAUAUAUGUAUGGCGUAUAUAUAUAUUUAUUUAUAUAUACGUAUAUAUGUAUAUGCACGUAUCACGCAUCGAAAUCGAUAUGCCAAUAUAUGUACUUAACCUGACGUCACAUUAAAAUCUGUUAUUUUCACCACGACACCAAAAGAAAGCUCAAAUGCAUUUCAAUUAAUAAAAACUUAUUUCACCACCUUCGCAGAAA